AUGGAGCAAAAUGGUACUACAGAUGCUUUAAAUGAAGUAGUGAAUGAAAUAAAUGAAAUUUCAAUUUCUGAUAAACCGGAUACCGAAGAACCUGAAGAGGAUUAUGGAAUAUGUGAAGAAUGUGGAAAUAAAAAUACAUGGAAUUAUUGGUGCUUACAAUGUAAUUCUAAACAUUUUCAACAAAAUUUUGGAAAUUGGACAAGUGGAAACAAAGAUGUUGAUGAAAUCAUUCAAGAGACCCAAUCAAAUUUUACUGAAGAAUUUAUAGAAAUCCCAUAG